GGCGGGUGAGCGGCCGCAGCGGGCAGGGCCCGGGCCAGUUUCUGCCCACAUGACAGCUCUGUCCGAGCACGCAGAGCAGCGCACACUCAGCCUUGCACGCUUGGCAAGCGUCUCAUACUUUAUUACCGCGAACGCGCAACGCGCACCCGAGUGCAACGCGCAGUCCCGCGCAGACGGCGGCCACCACCCACCCACACGCGACCCCGACCCCGACUCAGUCACCUGGGCCCUGCGGCAUUGCCCCGGCCCAGCCCCACCGCGCCCGCCGACCCGACCCGGCCCGCCCUCCCAGCCCCACCACACCCCUUGCACCGCGGCCGCGGCUGGAAACGCGGGGAGGUUUGAGCUAUGCCGGCUGCCUUAGGUGGGAAGUGGUGCCGCUCGUUUCCGCGGUGGGUGAUGCGGUGGCUCCGGCCACACCAUGGAAUCCCCACUGCCUGCUACCUUCCUCCUCUUCGUCCUUCUUCCCUUACUGCUCAUCCCCUUGGCGGUCCUGGCGAGGAGGCGCCACAGCCGGCGGAUACCUCCCCUCAGGCUCCUGGUUGUGGUCGGCUCCGGUGGGCACACAACAGAAAUCCUGAGGUUACUUAGCUGCCUAUCAGAGUCCUACUGUCCUAGACAUUAUGUUCUUGCAGACUCAGAUAAGAUGAGUGAAGCUAAAAUACGUUCUUUUGAACAAAAAAGAGCUGAAACAUUCUCCAGUGCUCAGUUCACCCUUGAUCGCAUUCCCAGAAGCCGUGAGGUCAGGCAGUCCUGGACCACCUCUGUGGUAACAACUCUGUACUCCAUACUUUAUUCCCUUCCUUUAAUCUACAAACUGAAGCCAGAUUUGAUAUUGUGCAAUGGACCAGGAACAUGUGUUCCUGUCUGUAUAUCUGCUCUUCUUCUUGGGCUUCUAAGUAUGAAGAGAGCAACCAUUGUGUAUGUAGAGAGCAUCUGCCGUGUGGAAACUUUAUCCCUGUCUGGAAAGAUUCUUUACCACUUUUCAGAUUACUUCAUCGUUCAGUGGCCUGCUCUAAAGGAAAAAUAUCCCAAGUCAGUAUAUCUUGGUCGAAUAGUGUAACAGCAGAAGACAGACUGUACCUAAAAUAAAUUCUGAAAGCUCCUCACUGAAGAAAGGCAAGGCAUUCAUGUAGUUUAUUUUUGAAGAAUCCUGCUAAGAAAUUAGGCUGAUACUGGAAUGGGAGACAGUAAUAAAGGUA